UUUUCCAGUGUUGAAAUAAUGGGUCAGUCACAGAGUGAAAUGCACAAUGAAGUAGCACUUGCUCAGAUUCAAGGGCUGUACAAGAAGUCUGUCAGCGAGUGUCCUAGUGGAAAUCUGCAUCUCCAUGAGUUCAAACGAAUCUUUGGCAUCACCCAUAAAUCCACAGAAGAAGAAUGUGCCUAUAUGGAGAACUUGUUUAGGUCCUUUGUUGCAAAUCAGGAUAACACCAUUGAUUUCAUGGAAUAUGUGGCUGCCCUACAUUUGGUUCUUCGUGGUAGACUUGAGGAUAAACUGAAGUGGUCUUUCAAAGUUUAUGACAGCGAUGGAAACGGAUGUUUGGACAAGCGAGAGGUGACGCAAGUUAUUAAGACUAUACACUCACUGAAGAUGCAUGAAAACUCUUCGAGCUGUGGAGAUCUCAGCCCAGAUCAGAUAUGUGACCGAAUCUUCAAACUUGUUGACAAAAACAAAGAUGGUGAGAUUUCCCUAGAGGAGUUUUUGGAAGGAGCUCAGAGAGACAAAUGGGUGAUGGAGCAACUUAAACUGGAUGUGAGACCAAGUGGCUGGUUUCUUGAACAGCAAAAGAAAUGUUCACAAACAUAA